AUGGAUGCUCAAUAUGAGCGCCGUUUGCUUCUAUCUAUAAAUGGGCAAAAUUCCCUCUCAUCUUAUACAAGUCCUAUUCAAUCGCCGAUUAAAGCAAGUGACCGAUACAUUCCUCUUCGAUCUUCACUCUCUGCAUCAAAUCUUCAUUAUCAGCUAAGUACUUCACCUAUUCCCUCUUCGCCGCGUAAAUCGUACUGUUCAUCGACAACGACAUCACCGAAUAAGAAAUGCAAACUCGAACCAAAUGAAAUAGGCCUUAAUGCUGGCAUUACUGGCAGUGAACCCGAUCUGGCUGUUUACGAGCAAUUACUACAAAAUACUCUGUUGGAUGCGAAUAUUGAUACAGUGUUAAAGAUUUCCGAUGUACAAAAUACUAAUUCCGAUGGUGUUAAAACAGUAACAACGCCGAAGAAAUCUUCAACAAGUAAAGAAAACUGUUCGAUAUUUCGAUAUUCUGAACGUCGAGAGAAUAUCUCUUCCAAAUCAAAUUCAAUUACGAAAGAACAUUUUAAUCGAUCACCAAUCUCAAAUGCAUCGAUUCACUUACUUUACUCACCCAAAAAGACUAUUCGACGCAUUCCUGAUAUUCCCUACAAAGUCUUAGAUGCACCAGAUUUACAAGAUGAUUUUUAUUUAAACUUAAUUGAUUGGUCACCUUCAAAUAUUCUCAGUGUUGCUCUGGGUCCAUGCGUUUAUUUACACAACGCUCAAACAAAUAGUGUACAACUGUUGUGCGAUCUGACACAUACACCUCUACCACUGCCAAAUAAUAAUAAUCAAGUAAAUAUUAUUGGUUCUGAUUUAGUUACAUCGGUGCAUUGGUCAGAUUGGUCAAAUAUAAUUGCAGUGGGUACUCAACGUGGUCAUGUACAUAUCUAUGAUAUAACAACUCGAAAACGAGUACAAUCGAUUUGUAAACAUACAAAUCGUGUAGGUGUAUUAGCUUGGAAUGAAUGGUCAUUAUGUUCUGGUUCACGUGAUCGAACUAUUCUAGAACACGAUAUUCGUCAACAACCCAUUGUACAUACAUUUCAUGGUCAUAAGCAAGAAGUUUGCGGGUUGAAAUGGUCACCAGAAAAGUCCAUACUCGCAAGCGGUGGCAAUGACAAUCAGUUAUUACUUUGGUCAAAAACUCAAUCAUCACAACCGUUGCAUGUCUUCAAUGAUCAUAUAGCGGCUGUGAAAGCCAUAGCUUGGUCGCCACAUCAACAAGGACUGUUAGCUUCAGGAGGUGGUGCAGCUGAUCGGCAUAUACGUUUUCGUUCGUCCUUAACGUGUCAAACAAUAAGUGCUUAUGAUACAGGUUCUCAAGUAUGUCAAUUGAUGUGGUCAAGAAAUUCUCCUGAUGAACUCGUUUCAACACAUGGUGUAACACAAAAUCACAUUGCUCUUUGGAAAUAUCCAGCUAUGCAACCAUUAGCGAAACUGCUUGGUCAUCAGCAACGUGUUCUUUAUUUAGCCAUGAGUCCCGAUGGUGAAUCGAUCGUCACUGGAGCAGGCGACGAAACUCUUCGAUUUUGGAAUGUAUUUCCUAAAGCAAAAUCUAUACGAAAUCCAGAUUCACAACUCAAUGGACUCUAUCGAAUGCGAUAG